AUGCUGCCACAAAAGGCAGUGGCCGUGUCGGCACCUGGCAAAGUACUGUUCGCCGGCGGGUUUCUGGUUCUUGAUCGCAGACAUACAGGUCUUGUGUUCGGCCUCAACGCCCGGAUCCAUGUCCACAUCGAGCCAUGGCUGGAUGUCCCGACCGCCCUGACGGAAACCACUAUCCUCGUUCAGUCACCCCAGUUCCUCGACGCGAGAUGGCUGUAUGAAGUAUCAGAAACGAGGAAUGACGACCACGCGGUGGUCAACGUCAGACAGGUUCGGGACCACCCUGAUUACACGCAAACCGCAAACAAAUUCGUUGAGACGACACUCUUGUAUACUCUCACAUACCUAGCGCAUGUGUCGAAAGAGAUCGGGGCCAGCCUCAAAGUCACCAUUCUUGCCGAUGACGAUUACUAUUCUCAAUCUACGGAGACCUCCAAACGUCCUACGGCGGUACAGUCGAACUUCACGCAGUUCGGGGUGAAGUUGACCGACGCCCAUAAGACAGGACUGGGAUCCUCAGCAGCGCUGGUCACGUCUCUUGUCUCUGCCCUGCUCGCGUUCCAUGCGACUAGGUCCGGAGUCGAGUCUUCUUUAGAGCAUCAGACCAUCCACAACUUAGCACAGGCUGCUCAUUGCGCUGCUCAAGGGAAAGUCGGGUCUGGAUUCGAUGUCGCUGCUGCCGUAUAUGGCUCUUGUCUCUACCGGAGAUUCACCCCUACGAUCCUGGAAGCGGUUGGAGAGCCCACGACACUUGGCUUUAGCGAACGACUGCACCGCUGCGUGGAUGAUCUCGAGAUGGACCGGAAGUGGGAUGUGGAGGUUGCGAGUCGGGCGGUACAGAUACCGGAGAGCCUGCUCCUGGUUAUGUGCGAUGUUGAUUGCGGCUCCGAGACACCUGGUAUGGUGCGCAAGGUGCUUCAAUGGCGCAAAGAACAAGCUGGACAGGCUGAUCUGCUAUGGAACGCUCUGCAGCAAGGGACCGACGAGCUCUGCCAGGAACUGCGGCGCCUGGCCCAGCAUGAAGGAAUUGAAUCCGAGGAAUUCAAGGGACUGGCUGAUAUCAUCUCGACGGUUAGGAGUCUGGUGCGAGAGAUGUCGACCAAGUCGGGAGUGCCUAUCGAACCGCCGGUCAUUACGGAGCUGCUUGAUUACUGUACAGCCUUGCCUGGGGUGGUGGGAGGAGUUGCCCCGGGGGCUGGAGGAUACGACGCCGUCGCACUACUGGUCAAGAAUGAUGGCGAGGCCGUCCAAGCGCUUCAGCAGCGUCUGGGCGGAUGGAAGAGUCACAGUGAUACUGGAGCCACGAUCGGGCAUGUGAAGUUGUUGGGUGUUAAGCAGGAAAAGGAGGGUGUUAGGUUGGAAGACGUCGGCAGUUAUGCGGGAUGGGUGUGA